AUGGGUCAUCAUGAAGAAGAAAAGAGGAUUUUUGAGGAUCAAAAUAUAGAAGAAAAGCAUGCUUAUCAAGUUGGGCAGGAUUAUUGGGUUAUCAAGGAAGAUCAUGAUCAUGAUCAUGAAGAAAUGUGUGGCUCAAGAUCUAUUGAAUCCUCACUGGAGAAUUCAAUGAACUCCAUGGAAUCAUCAUCUUCAUCAGACUUGGUAGAGGAUGCAUCAUCUGCUUCCACAUCAUGCUCCUCAUCACCUUCCAAUGGGCCUCUUUAUGAACUAUCUGACCUAAUGAUCCAUCUUCCCAUGAGGAGAGGUUUGUCAAAAUAUUAUCAAGGCAAGGCCCAAUCUUUCACAUCCCUAGCAAGUGUGAAGAGCAUAGAAGACCUGGCAAAGAAGGUGGCUCCUUACAGAAGGAAAAUAAAGCCAUGCAAGAGCUAUGGUGGGGGUUUGGAUGGUGGUCACAAAUCAUAUACUACUACUCCUAAAGCCAUUAUCUCAAAGAAAGCUUCUUCAAGAGGAGGAUCUUUCUUAUAUUCCAUAAGUAAGAGAGGAAAAUUGUUGGGUUAG